CUUGCGCCGAUAUAGCAGAUACUUUGAAUUUUCUCCUUCCCGUUUUACUCACAGUUGACAAACUCAAAAGAGCUUCUCAAUCUUAUUGACUCUGAGUCUGAUUCAUUGGCCCUCCCUCUCAUCCUCAAAUACAAAUUCAUUCUUCACCAGGGACGAUGACUUUCGGCAAGCAAAACACGUUUCCGGAGUCGUUUGGCCUCCUCGACCCUAUCAGUUAAUGCUAACAAUGGUGUGCCAGCUUGGUUUUCACUUCUGAUGUGUGAAAAUUUGUUCUGAUGUUACAGGUACCGUCUGGGCAGAUGACUUGGAUACGCAGUGGUCCCAAGUGUUUGAAUGCUAAGAAUAUCACAGAGGCCAUUGACAGCAGCUUAAGACGAUUGCAAACAGAUUGCAAUUUGCAUUGAUCAUUGGCCUGAUCGGAUACAUUGAUAUUGCAGGGAAGUACAGUGUUCAUCCAGUAUCUCUUGCAAUAGGUUCGACACCUCUCCCUCCAAUUCUUUAUAGUUUCUUCAGUGAACAAUUUGGUCUGAAACUCAAUAACCAAACUUCUUAAAUUGACUGCUCCUUCUCCAUCUUUUGAAAUUGAUGAUUUCAAUCUUUUGAGAAACUAUAUCUGGAAGCUUUCUUUCGUGUAUGUCACAGACUCUCAGUACAAAUAUACACGAGGGAAUUGUUUAUCAAGCCUAAAAAAGAUGCAAAUUUUUUCAUGUUCUUCCCUUCCAACAAUGACACACACAAUAAUCAAUGGAACCCAUCACAGAGCCUUUUUGAGUUCCUAGUGAUCAUUAAAAGGUUCCCAACCCUCAGCAGUAUGCAAAACUGAAGAUUAUGACCCCACUUUCAACCUAACCCUCUUCAUCACGCAAAACCAAUUGAUGAUAUUGGGCUAUCUAAAGAUGCAAAGAAGAUGGGAGGGGUUCAGAAAGAGAUAGAUAAGUACAGAGACUUUCUGGUUAUUGAUGUCAAUGAAGACUACGUGAAAACAUCGACUAGCAACACUUCUAGACAAGGAGAGAACACAUUCACAAACCCAUAUUGGAUGCAUGAAGAACCUAAAAUGAAAUGGUAUGAGAAAUCAGGACAUCUAAUUGGGAGUGAAUACGUUCGGCAUGCUUAUGGUCCUAUAUAUGUCCUGUCUGCAGAGGUGGUAGCACCGUUGGCAAUUGCUAGAAAUAACAGGAAAGUUAUUGGUUGAGUUCGAGAAUAAAAGCACUUUAAAGCUAGGCAAGGAUGAUCCUUCUUUUCUUGGAAUAGUCCAUACCCUUUGGCAUGGCAUUUGUUGAGUCAUUUGGUGAAGGAAUUGUGGUGAAACCCCAUCAGGUGCCUUGGAUUCAGACAAAGGCAAGGUCAUUCAAGAGAUUGCGAGGACACAACUACGUUCACCUUGAGUCACAGUAUGUUGAGUUACAGGAAAGGUACAAAAGUUUUUGGUAUAGUGGCCGACUGUAUUUUGGAUCCAAAUGAUGUAUGCAUACUUUUGUAGCGUACUGGUUGAAUAUUUGGCAUGGCAUAGUUUUGAA